AUGUGGCGUAAAAUUGCCGAAGAUUUUGAAAAGCUUAGAGGUUUUCCAAAUUGUAAAGGCGCAUUGGAUGGAAAACAUUUUGUUAUUGAAGCCCCAGCCAAUAGUGGUUCUAUAUAUUUUAAUUAUAAACACACAUUCUCAAUUGUUUUAUUGGCGUUAGUGGACGCAUGCUACAAAUUUAUUGCAGUUGAUGUUGGCGCUUACGGACGAAACAGUGAUGGUGGCAUUUUUGCACAAUGUAAUCUUGGAAAACGUUUAGAAAAUGGGACGCUUCCUGUACCUAUUGGUAAAAAUUUACCCGGUUCCUCUACGUUUGCACCAUAUGUAAUAGUUGGUGAUGAAGCGUUUCCUUUGAAAACAUACCUAAUGCGACCGUAUCCAGGACACCAAGCAACAGGUGACGCUAAUAAAACGAAUUUCAAUCAUAGACUGCUUUGGCCCGGCGACUAG